CGAUGGCCUCCGAUAACAGCCAUUAGUAUAACUCACACCUACAGAUAGUUCAGUCAUGAAUGUCGCAGUGGUCGUGGGCGCCUCCAGUAACCUCGGCUAUCAAGUUCUGAAGAACCUUAUCAAAAUCUACAAUGGCAAAAUAUAUUUCACAACAGACGACGAAUCAACCGGCUAUCAUAUCUAUGAAUCGCUCGAGAAGCAUCGAAGAAUAGAAUACUACAGAGUUGACGUUACAUACACAAAAUCAAUCAUUAACUUCAGACACCAUAUUCAAGAUCGAGAUGAAAGGAUAGAUCUAUUGAUAAACAAUUCAGAUUACGUAACGGAGAAGAAUUUAAGCCACGCGGAAAAAGUGCGCAGAACUUUAAGUGUCAAUUUCUAUGGAUUCAUCAACUUUGGAAAAUUAGUUUACCCGUUGCUUAGUGAAAAUGCGCGGGUCAUUAACGUUUCGGGCCCUGCAGGAUUGUUGGCUUCUAUUGAAAAUGAACGAAUACGAUCCAGAAUCAGCGAUCCAAUGUUAACGGAAGACGAACUCGUAGGAAUUAUGCAGGAAUACGAAGAGGCGGCUAGGAAGGGGAUCGAGAGAACCGAGGGUUGGGGAUCAAACGUGCAGGCUGUGAGCAAGGUCGCCCUGAACGCGGUCACGUUUCUCCAGCACCGAGAAUGGUCGCACGAAGGCGUUGUGAUAAAUUGUGUGAACCCCGGCAACCUAACUAGUCGAGAGGAGAGAAAAUCAUCAAAAGUGUUCGAAGAAGGCGCUAAGGCAAUACUGUACUUGGUAAAGGAAGCUCCUCUCAGUUUAAAUGGUAACUUUGUGUGGAGCAAUCAUAAUGCCAUACCGUGGAAUACCGAUCCAUACGUGGAGGUUACGAGCGUUUAAAUUCAAAUUAACACCUUAUUCUCAAGUGCUUACAGUGUAUUUUUGUGACUCGUAGAAUGUAUUUAUUGCUGCAAAUUGUUGAGAUUUUAUAGUGAUUUUUAUACCAGCAAUAACAGUAAGGGGUACUUUUGUCUUUACAAUUUAUGGGCCAUAACAACAUAGGCUAGUUUCUCGUAUUCACGCAGUCAUUAAACCGAGGCGAGCGCUACGCCUCACACUGUAUCGUAUGAGAGUAUGUGUGCUUCGUGUCUCGAAUUUUGUCUGUAUUUAUAUUUAUGAGGUUACGUGUACAGUUUUUUCUUUACUAUUUUUACGUCUUUUGUUACAAAUAGUUAUACUAUUUCGAUGUAUUCAUAUGAUAUGCAAUAUUUCUUUUCAAUGGAGAGGUGCGGUUCGAUUCCUGUAGAAUGUUUACCAUUGGGAGGCACCAUAGCACAGGAUGUCAGCUAGAUUAUACAGCGGCGCCUAUUUCUGCCGUGAAGCAAUGAUGUGUAAGCAUUACUGUGUUUCGGUCUGAAGGGCGCCGUAGCUAGUGAAACUACAAAUGAGACUUAACAUCUCAUUUCUCAAGGUGACGAGCACAAUUGUAGUGCCGCUCAGAAUUUUUGGAUUUUACGAGACUCGUGAGCGGCACUGCAUUGUAAUGGUCAGCACAUAUCAAUAACCAUCAGCUGAACGUCCUGUUCGUCUCGUCCCUUAUCAUAAUAAAUUGUUGUUAUAAUAAAAAGUGUAGACGAUGUUUUUUUUCAAGUCUGGUCCUUCUUAAUUCUAUUAAAAUCUUUUAGCAAAUUUCAUUUAAAGCAAAUGUAUAAAAAUUAAACAUUCCUUUUACUGUUUAAUUAUAGCUGGUAUCAUUGGCGAUCAUAAUAAAGUAAUAUUAUAGUGACCUACAUAAUUAAAGCUGUCCAAAAACUUACUAUAACUAAUAAAAUUAAAAUUCCAAAUCAUUAGUAAGUACCAGGCUCGUUGGCAUUAUUAUAGUUGGCAUAUUUCAACUUGAUCAUUGUUUUCCUUCAGAAGAGUGACGUGCUCGUGAAGCGACUGACAGAUUUUAUUGCAAUAUUGCCUUGGAAAUUGUAAAAUUAUUUAUGUAUAGUUUUGUAAAGAAAUUUACUGCAAAAGGAUGGUUACUUUUAACGUGAUGGUGAACGUAUUAAUAUGGUGUUUAUUUACUGUGCCGAUCCUUAAAAUUACUUUAAAUGUUAUUUAUUUUCUGUAAAACAACUGAACAAAAUCAACGUGAAAUUAUUAAAAAUAAAUUUUUAAGAUAUA